UGCCCGGCCCCCCACCACUCCAUCGCAACUCCUCAGCGGCGCUGUGUGCACUCCUCCUCGGACUCGCUCACACGCUCGCCCCCCAAGGCCUCGGUGGAGCGCCACACGGACUCAAAAAUCAUCCGUUUCCUCAUCCUUUUUGGUUUAAACUAAGUCGGAGGGAUAGAAAAGAACAAGAAGCCCACCUGUGCUCAUUAUGGCGACAGCGGCGGUGUCAGCCCCGGCCGGUGGCCCCAGCCCCGGCCCGGGGACCGAGCUGGUGCGCGGGCAGGCGUUCGACGUCGGUCCUCGGUACAGCAAUCUGUCCUACAUCGGCGAAGGAGCCUACGGCAUGGUGUGCUCGGCGUACGACCGUGACAACAAGCUUCGCGUGGCCAUCAAGAAGAUCAGCCCCUUCGAGCAUCAGACGUACUGCCAGCGCACGCUGCGCGAGAUCAAGAUCCUGCUGCGCUUCAAGCACGAGAACAUCAUCGGAAUCAACGACAUCAUACGCACGCCCACCAUCGACCAGAUGAAAGAUGUCUACAUCGUGCAGGACCUGAUGGAGACGGACCUGUACAAGCUACUGAAGACGCAGCACCUGAGCAACGACCACAUCUGCUACUUCCUCUACCAGAUCCUGCGAGGCCUCAAGUAUAUCCACUCGGCCAACGUCCUGCACCGCGACCUCAAGCCCUCCAACCUCCUGCUCAACACCACCUGCGAUCUCAAGAUCUGCGACUUCGGUCUGGCCCGCGUGGCCGACCCGGACCACGACCACACGGGCUUCCUGACGGAGUACGUGGCCACGCGCUGGUACCGAGCGCCCGAGAUCAUGCUCAACUCCAAGGGCUACACCAAGUCUAUCGACAUCUGGUCGGUAGGCUGCAUCUUGGCUGAGAUGUUGUCCAACCGGCCCAUCUUUCCCGGGAAGCACUACCUGGAUCAGCUCAACCACAUUCUGGGUAUCCUGGGCUCGCCCUCUCAGGAGGACCUCAACUGCAUCAUCAACAUCAAAGCCAGGAACUAUUUGCUUUCUCUGCCGCUGCGCUGCAAAGUACCCUGGAACCGCCUCUUCCCCAACGCUGAUGCCAAAGCGUUGGAUCUGCUGGACAAAAUGCUGACCUUCAACCCCCACAAGCGGAUUGAGGUGGAGGAGGCCCUGGCACACCCUUACUUGGAGCAAUACUACGACCCCACCGACGAGCCCGUGGCGGAGGCGCCGUUUAAGUUUGACAUGGAGCUGGACGACCUCCCCAAGGAGACUCUGAAGGAGCUCAUCUUUGAGGAGACAGCACGCUUCCAGCCCGGGUUCCGGUCCUAACGCUUCACGCCAGCCAGAUGAUUCCUCACCGCUGCCCCGCCCCUCCACACUGUUAUCGCUGUGUUUUUGUUUUAUUACUUCCGGUUUUGCUUCCCAAAAUUUUUGGCUGUCGCUCAUCAAGUCCACUUUGCUCAGGAAUGGCGUCAUGAAUCAAUCAGUUUGUCGUUCCGGGAUGUGGGAGACUGGGUUUUGGGGGCUCGGCUUUUGGGGAUCCAUCGCAGCUUGGGUUUUUUUUUUUUUUUUUCCUCCACCCACACUUCCUUUUAAAAGGCUUAUUUUUGGAUUGUCAUCUGCACAUCACGCAGCCCCCCCCCCCCCCCCCCCCCCCAAAAAAGAGCCAUUUAUGCAAAGAGUCGACAUUAUCAGCCAGAAAAAAAGCCAUGGUUCUGAUGGUUCUCAUACAGAAUCAUCCUUUUCUUGUACAUGAAGCUUCUGCUUAGCCUCUGUGGGUUAGCACGGAAUGGUCCUAAUGUGUUUGGAAGGGAAAAGAAAAACACACCCCAUAGUUUAUCCUUUCUAAAUAGUCCAACAUAUGUUCAGGUUGGGAAACGGACUCUAUUUUCCUUGCGUGUGCGUACAUGCCCUGCUGAGAAGACAAGUGUGUGCCCCUUCUGCAUGACUGUUAGCAGCUGUGUAUAGAAAGAGCGUGUCGAGUGCCACGCGGGCCUUCACCAUUUCGCCUCCAACAAGGUGCUUCAGUGGCCUCACUUUAACACCCCCCUCCCCCCCCCCCCCCCCGUCCGCUAAUUACGGCACGAAAACUGUUGAAGCAAAGGGAAAAAAAGUCCAGCUCUGCUCCAUUUCUUUUUUUUUUUUUUUUUUUAUACGGCACUUUAAACUGGCAGCUACACAACUAACUGUGCGAGUAUAGUUUGAGGACUGUCGCAAAUGCAGGAUAUAAACUCCAAAGGCCGUAGGUUCUGUUCAAUAUUUAAAAGUAGGGCUUCAAAUUAGCUGCUUUCUCAGGAUGGCUUGGGAUGCUGUUUUUUUCCUCACAGCCAUGAACGCAGCACCAUCCUCAGUUUGCUCAAUAGUAGUUUAGUGUCCUUCGAGAAAUCAAGCAAGUUGAAUCCAAACAAAUUUGAGUCACAUUUUUUGGGGGGGCGGGUCAACACUCUCGAAAUUGAGCCCCUGAGAACUAGAGUGGACUGACCCAAAGUUUGAUAUUUUGCCAACGUUUUGAAAUGACCCAAGUGGAGUUAGCCAAAUCUGUGUGGCUCAAUUAGCCCGCAGCUAAUUAGUAGCAGUUCUUGUGGCUAAUCUACCUGGAAACCUUUUCUUGCAAAUAAAGCUUGCAAGGGCUUGUUGGCGCUAAUUUAUUUGGUAUUCCGCUUCCCCAAAAACACAAACGCAGCAGAAAGACUAACAAUCUGCAUUGUGACCACAUUCACUUUGAUCUAGCUGGCAGCUAGACAGCGAACUAGCUAGCCGGCUUUAUUGGUAUUAUUCGGUUUGUAAUGCUGCUUUCGUUCCAAACACGAAUGUAGCAACCUAGCAUAUUUGUUUUUAGAGGUGCUGGUUUUACCCCAAAUGAACUCAACUUUGUUGACAAUACACAUGUGGUAUCAGCUGACAGCUAACUAGCUAGCCUGCAGGCGAUCCUUGUUACUAAUCUGUUUUGCACAGCAUUAGAUUUAGAUUUUUUUCCCCACCCUUCACAAAUUGCAAAUGCAGCACAAAGACGCUAUUUAAUUUUGUAUUUUGGUUGUCAUUUUACCCCAAACAUAAACGAGAUCAACAGAGUCUUAUCUGACAACAUACUUGGAGUAACAUGCCAGCCUGCGAGCGCUCCAUGUCGCUAAUCUCCUAACUUUUUACAAAUAGCUUCAAUCAAAUAGGUAUGGCCUAGCCAUUAAUGAAAGGAAACAGUUGACUUGAACUGGUUUUGUACUUUGUUAGCAGAGUAGAUAU